AUAUUAAUCGUCUAGAUCGUCGCCAACCGUCAAGAUGAGACGAAGGGUAGCCAAGGCUGUCAGUGCAUCAUAUUGCAUGUUCAUUCGUUAAAAAUGCCUUCCUUCAAACGUCUUGCGGCUCUUUCGGCCUGCAUUGCGCCCGCUCUGGGUAUCACCGUGACUACGUCCACCAGCUCCUACACCGUCGACACCGCGGCUUCGUAUGGCUUCAAGGUGGCCAUCAGCCGCUCGACUUGCGACAUCACGUCGUUGAACUUCUACGGCACCGAGUAUCAGUACAGCAGUACCUACAGUCACAUUGCUUCUGGUCUAGGUUCCGCAACCGUCUCUUACACCACCAGUGGCGACUACGUGAUCGUUAAGUGCGUAGCUGAUAAUGAUGACUUUGAUCUAACCCAUUACAUGGUCUUCAAAGACCAGUCGAGCGCAAUCUACAUGGGCACAUACACUGUCUCCGAGCCUUCUAUAGGAGAGCUGCGCUACAUCUUCCGUCUCACCGGUCUUACUGAAGCAUACCCCAACGGCAAUGUGUCGUACACGGCCGGCGGCACCGCCAUCGAAGCCACGGAUGUCUACGAGGUUGACGGCCAAACGCGCAGCAAGUUCUACUCUUCGGACCGCUUUAUCGACGACAGCGUAUACUGCGCAACAACCACGGACGCCUCAAUCCACGCAUGCUGGCUCCGCCCCAACAACCAAGCAACGGAGAAGAGCUCCGGCGGUCCAUUUUUCCGGGACAUCGACCUGAACUACGGCGGAUCGUACCACUCGGUGACGUACUACAUGAACUCGAACCACGCGCAGACCGAGAGCUACCGCCAGGGCUUCCACGGGCCCUACGUCUUCAGCAUGUCCCGCAGCGGCGUGCCGAAGGCGUCCGACUACGACGUCUCCUUCUUCGACAACCUGGGCCUGACAGGGUACACGGGGGCCUCGGGCCGCGGGUACGUCAAGGGCACGGCGUCGGGCACGUCCAGCUCCUUCCCCAUCGUCCUGCACUGGUACAACGCCGACUACCAGGGCUGGGCGUACGCCUCGUCGAGCGGCGCCUUCACGUCGCCCGCGCUCGUGGCGGGCACGUACACGCAGGUGCUGUACCAGGACGAGUUCGCCGCGGCGACGACGACGGUCAGCGUGACCGCGGCCGCGACGGCAACCGCGAACAUCGCCGCCACCGCCGCCGCCAUAGUCGGCAAGCGCACGACCGUGUUCCAGCUCGGCGACUACGACGGCCAGCCGACCGGGUUCCUGAACGCGGAUAAGCAGCUGCGGAUGCACCCGUCCGACACCCGGAUGUCGGCGUGGAACCCGGGCAGCGUGGCGUCGACGGCCGCGGCGUCGUUCCCGAUGGCCAUCUUCACCGACGUGAAUAACGGCCAGAAGAUCACGUUCACGCUUUCGAGCGCUAUUACUAGCGCGGCUACCCUGCGCAUCGCUACCACCCUGGCGUAUGCGGGGGGGCGGCCGCAGGCUACAGUUAAUAGCUACACGUGUGCGGCGCCGGCGGCGCCGACGGCCAUUGAUAGUCGGGGUGUUACGAGGGGCGCGUAUAGAGGCCGUGGGGACGUGUAUACGUGCACGAUACCGAGUGGGACGUUGGUUAGUGGGAGUAACACUGUUACGAUCAAUGUGAUUUCGGGAAGCAGUGGAUCCGAUUACCUGAGUCCCAAUGUCAUCCUCGAUGCCAUAGAGCUUUACUAUUAAGUUGGUUGACGAGAUGCCUGUUUCCAGGAUAGGUCAUUGCUUGGUGUAGGUUAUGACGAUUAAGAAAUAGGGGGUCUACGGGUGGAUGCCAACGC